UGUGGAUCUGACUGAGGAUAUUUAACCACCACCCAACACAAGAGAGACAAGGUCCAGGACCAGCCACAGUCUGCUACGAUGUGUAAAGGACUAGUAUCACUGCCUACCUGCUGCUUGGAAAGGGCCAAAGAGCUGAAGGCAAGGCUGAGAAAAAUAUUGCAUAAACCUGAUGGGAGUCUAAUCUGCUGUAAAGUAGGAAAAAACAAGGUAACCCUAGAGGAAUGCCUGAGGUGGAAAGAGUCAUUUGAGGAACUCCUUUCCAGCAAAUAUGGACUGUGCGCCUUCACUUCCUUCUUAUUAUCAGAAUUCAGCGAAGAGAACAUUGCAUUCUACUUUGCAUGUGAAGACUACAGAAGUACCAAGUCUCUUGCCAAGCUACCUGCUAAAGCUCAGAAAAUCUAUAAUGAAUUCAUAGGAACCGAUGCUCCACGGGAGAUUAACAUUGACCAUGAAACUCGUGACGUCACUAAAGCGAACAUGCUGUCCCCAUCACCCUCCUGCUUUGACCAAGCGCAGCACAAGAUCUACAUGCUCAUGGCUAAAGACUGCUACCCGCGUUUUCUGCGCUCAUCUGCCUACCGGGAUCUCGUCAGUCAGGCCAAGCCUAACACCACAGCUAUAAAACUUCCUCAGCAGGAGAAGAAGGUUUGAACGCUCAUUGUAGACCCCAUCAGGGGACAGAGCUGAAAGACAUUCACGACCGCAGCACAUUUGCUUUUGAACCUGGAAGAAAGAUUUCCUCAAACUGGAAUGUUAAUGAAAAGCUCGUCUCAAAAGUGGUUUGACUGUAAAUUCAAUCAAGAGUAAAAAGGCUGAGACGAUCCCACAGAACUUAUUAUAAAUGAGAAAAGCACUUUAAAAUUUGCCUUUAGGCAAAUACUCGUGUUUGUCAUGUCUGUGCAAAGUUCAACAUUGUUUGUGAAAUAUAUGUACUGGGUAUGCUAUGAUUUUGUAUUGAAUUGCUUGUAUUUUAUACUGUUUAUUUUUUCAAAAAAUACUAUAAUUAUGUGCAAUAUACAGUAUUAUUUAUGUGAGUGUUGUAUUUUUAUACCAAAUUAAAUUAAUACAUUAAAAAAUUAUGUGGAAAAUUCAGUUAUCAUUUUUAAAAGAAAAUGAAAGUAUUUGAUCCCUUAGACCUGCACGGUCUAAAGUAUACAUGAGUGAUUGAACUGCAAGAAGUAUGUGUAAUAUACUGUAGUAUUACUGUAGACCAUUGACCGGUCCAUAACAGGAAAAGUGAUAAUCCUUUUCAAUGCUCUAUUUCCAUGACAUCCUUCAACCUGUGUUUUGUUUGGCUGUUAUUCACCUUGGAAACCAUGAGAAUAGGAAAUACUUCAGCAAACAGGAAGGACAACAAGAGAAGUGGCUGUAUGAACGUAACAGAGAGAGCUAUAAAACAUGAUUAUCUUCCCAAC